AAUGUAAAAAUUUAUUUGUUCAUGUCCUGGUAAAGUAUUAUUAGCAGGAGGAUAUGCUAUUUUGAAUCCCAAUAAUCAUGGAGUCUCUAUUGCAAUCAAUGCUAGAUUUAGGACAGAAAAAAUUAAAUUAUAAGAAAAAAACUAAAUAGUCUUUAGGAGUGAAUAAUUUUCUCAAGAAAUCAAAUAUUCUCUUCAUUAGAUAAGCUAGAGCGAAAAUAUAUAUUUUGAUGCUAUCUUCUAAAUUUUAUUUGAGAACUAGCUGAUUACUGAUUCUUGGUUGAUUGAAACAAAGCCAGAUUCAGCUUUUUAUUCAUUAAAUUAAAAAAAUAAAAUCACAAAAUUAGGUUUAGGAAGUUCUGCUGGAUUAAUUGUUUCUUGUUUAGGUUAAUUUAUCAAUGAUAAUGAAAAGUUGUACUAGUUUGCUUCUUAAGCUAACAUGAUAGCUCAACAAAACAAAGGUUCUGGUUUUGAUAUUUCAACUGCGAUAUAUGGAAGCUAAUUAUUUAGCAAAAAAGAAGUGAAAACAUUAGAUGGCCUUGAUAAAAAUUAUCAAAUUUUAUUAAUUGAUUUAAAAUAAGGAUAAAGUACUAUUAAAGGUAUAAAUACUAUAUAAAAAUGCUUAUCUGAAAACGAAAAAUAUAAUAAACAUUUUUUAGAAACAAGUGAGAAAUGUGUUAUGGAAUUGUUUUAUCUUCUCCAACAACAACAAUAGGUUAGAGAAAAGUUCUUAAAAUUGAAUUAAGAAUAUCGCUCUUUACUAAGAGAAUUAAGUUAAUUAGCUAAUUAUGAUAUUGAGCCAAAAAUUUCAACUGAAAUUAUUGAUUUUUCACUUUCUUAGCCUUCAGCAUUAUGGGGAAUAUGUCCUGGAGCAGGAGGGUAUGAUGCUAUAGCAAUAUUGUGUAAGAAAGUCACAAAAGAAGAAAUUGAUUAAAUAAAUAAAUUUGUAAAAAGUAAAGGUUAUGAAAAUGCUGUGCAUUUAUAUUAAAUUGAUCAUGGUAUUUAGAGGGAGAUUAGUAUUAUUUGA